AUGGGUUCGUGUCGUGAAGGCCACUUUAACUUAAAUGUCGAGAUGAUUGCUUCCGUUCUCCUAACCGAUAUAGAAAAAAUGUCAAGGUUUCCUAUCAAAGACUGUCAAACAACUGUUCUUAAAGUAUAUGGUAAAAUGGUAAGUAGAAGAAAGACCUAUCUCGAACGCAAGCGUGCUUUUGAAAAAAGGUAUGGUACUUGUGAAGGCUCUUUCAAUCAGUUGCCGAGGUACAUGCACGUGUUGAAAUACUACAAUCCAGGCACUAUUGUGAAAUGGAAGUUGGAGCGGCAUGAUGAUGUUGAUGAACCGAUAUUCAACUAUGUGUUUUGGACUUUCAAGCCAUGUGUUGAUGGAUUUUUUGCUAUUGUCCCGUGA